GGGGGGGACUAAUUGAGUGUAACGCUCUAAUCCACACAGCAAAUAUAAUAAGACAGGAUUACAGCGUCGCACACACACACACACAUACACGUUUCACGCGAGUGGCUGUGCAUGGAUCUACGGUGGCCCGGGGUGAUUCCAUCGGCACCGAUCGAGAGUACGUGGAAUGUCACGAUCGACACGCGCGGAAUGUGCUAGUGCAUCAGUCUCCAUCCGUCGGCAAUUAGCGUCUCUUAAAAACGACUGAGAUGCGCCUGAGAUAGUAUAUCAAUAUGUGAAUGAGCCACGCCGGGGAAAAGCGAUGUCUACUUCUCUUCCCACACUCGUCUGUUUUAUAAUUUGUUUUGGUGGUAUAGCGUCAUGCCUACGAAACUUUCGGACCGAUUUCCUGGAGGAAUGGCCGACGCCGGGCACCGGGCCCCACUUCGACACCUCCAUGCAAUCGAACUUCACCGGGCUGGUGGGGAAGACGGUGCAUCUCGUGUGCAAGGUGAAGAACUUGGGGAAUCGAACGGUUUCCUGGGUCAGGCACCGGGACAUACACCUGCUAACGGUUGGUCGUUACACCUACACCAGCGAUCAACGUUUCGAGGCACUACACUAUCCUCAUACGGAGGACUGGACCUUGAGGAUACGAUAUCCUCAGCGCAAGGACUCCGGGAUUUAUGAGUGCCAAAUAUCAACGACCCCGCCCAUCGGUCACCCCGUGUACCUAACCAUAGUCGAGCCGGUAACCGUGAUAGUCGGAGGGCCGGACCUCUUCGUCAAUAAGGGCAGCACCAUCAAUCUGACGUGCAUCGUAAGAUUCGCCCCCGAACCACCCCCGAUGAUGAUUUGGAGUCAUAACAGGGAGGUUAUCAAUUUCGACUCGCCGCGCGGCGGCAUCAGUCUUGUCACGGAGAAAGGUCCCGAAACAACGAGUCGCUUGAUGAUCCAGAAAGCCGUGCCGAGCGAUUCCGGUCAAUAUACAUGCGAGCCGAGCAACGCGAAUCCCAGUACAAUAAAGGUGCACGUUGUUAACGAGGAACAUCCAGCCGCGAUGCACCACGGGGACGGAAGCUCGUCGUACACCAAGGCACGGCCGAUUUGUUUUAUAAUUUUAGUGAUAGCUAAUAUAAUGUUUAUAUAAGGCGAGAAGUACAGUAAAAGGAAAAAAAAAACAAGGAAAAACGAAACACUCACCCCGACACACGAUGAAGCGAGAGAAACGGGACCGCCGAGGCUCGCGAAUUGCCUACGUCUAAACGUCGUUAACGUUUCUUGGGUAAAUAUUUGCGCAGGGUAAAAACCAGAACAUUUACCGUUCACAUUAAAAGAAGCGUGUGAAACGUAAAAAAGAGAGAAAAAUAAAAAUCAGAAAACACGAGAGAGAAAGAGAAACGAAGAAACCUCCGUGACCAAAAGAGUUUUCAAAUAUCAGCACGGCACAAUAAUCGGUAAGAGCGUAGUAUUUUGUUAACAUAUAUCAUCAAGAAUAACUUACGACGUCAAAAUUUAUUGUAUUAUUUGUAAAUAAAUUUAUUGUAUGUACAUAUCAAUAAUAAAACGAUUGUCUUUA